AUGGCACGAUACUCGGCUCUUUCUCUGCUUGCGUUUCUGGUUUCUCCGAUCAUGGUGAUGGCAACAUCAUACGAAGUUGACUGGUCAGUUGGAGUUGAUUUCACUGCUUUUGCUACUCAAAACCAUUUCUAUGCUGGAGAUGUGUUGAAUUUUCAUUAUGAUAGAGUUCAUAACAAUGUAGUUAUAGCAACCAAUGGUGAUGAGUUUGAUCAAUGCGAGAUGGAACCAAACUUGGGUUAUUAUCAAAGUGGCAAUGAAGCAUUUACCUUGCCUGAAGCUGGAUACUAUUAUUUCAUGUGCGGGUAUCACUGCAAAUCUGAUGGCAUGAGAAUGACAGUGUUUGUAAACUAG